GGGUCGGAAGAAAAGAAAAGGUCUCUUCACUCUACCACUUUGUGCGUCUGCAGCUUUGUCUUCUUCCAUUGCUCUGCAACCGACAGAGUAAUAGAGGGAAGAGAGAGAAAUCUCUGCAGACCGACCGCCGGCGAAACUCCACAAUCCGCCGCCGCGCCCCAUUUUUCUUCAAUGUUUUCUUCUACUUCGUUCUUAUCAUAAUCUUCUUCUUCUUCUUCUUCUUCUUCUUCUUCUUCUCCUCCUCUUCCCUUUUUAUCCUCUCUCUUCUUGCUUUGUUCCCACGGCAUAUCUUUUUCUUUUUGCUUUGAUGCGCACUCGUGGAGGGGGAAGCCCGAUUCGAUCUCGUUUGGAGGCUAUAUUUGGGGGUUUUGUUGAUAUGCUGAUUUUCGAGAGCUCUGGAGGACAUUAAAGGAACCCUAGCGUUCUUUCGAACGUGUUUUUCGUCGAUUCUGGCUGAUCCAUUUGGUUUCAAGUGGAGGAAGAACAAAAAUAGGGGGGUUUACUGUGUGAAUAUGCUUUGGCUGAUGAGGUUAUCGGGGGUUUUCUCCGCUGGAAUGGUGAUGAUUGUGCUUGCUCCGGCUUUGCAAUCGUUUCCUCCGGCGGAAGCCAUCCGGUCAUCUCAUCUCGAUUUUUACCUCCGUCUACCUGUUGAUACCGCCUAUUCGAGGUCGUUGAACCGAUUCUCCUUCCGGAAGGCAUCUACAUUUCGCAAUGCCGGUCAAUGCGGUGGCGGUGACUCGAAAUUUUCUGGGAGGUUCGGUGUGUGCGAUCCGAAUUUGGUUCAUGUAGCCAUUACGCUUGAUGUGGAGUACCUUCGUGGUUCGGUUGCGGCCGUCAAUUCGAUUCUUCGAAACUCCCUCUGUCCGGAGAGUGUUUUCUUUCAUUUUCUCGUUUCGGAUACCAAUCUCGAAGACUUCGUGCGAUCCACCUUCCCUCAGUUGAAUUUCAAAGUGUACUAUUUCGAUCCGGAGAUUGUGCGGAAUCUGAUAUCCACAUCGGUGAGGCAGGCGCUGGAGCAGCCGCUCAAUUAUGCUAGAAAUUACUUGGCUGGGUUGCUCGAGUCCUGUGUUAAGAAGGUAAUUUACCUGGAUUCUGAUCUUAUUGUGGUGGAUGAUAUCCGAAAGCUAUGGACAACGAACUUGGGAGAGUGGACAAUCGGAGCUCCUGUGUACUGCCACGCCAAUUUCAGCAAGUAUUUCACGGCGCGUUUCUGGUCAGAUGAGAGAUUUUCUGGCACAUUUGCCGGAAGAAAACCCUGCUAUUUCAACACCGGCGUGAUGGUCAUAGAUCUGGUUAAGUGGAGGAAUGGUGGGUACACGGAGAAGAUUGAAUGGUGGAUGAAGCUUCAGAAGAGUAAUCGCAUCUACGAACUCGGGUCACUGCCGCCGUUCCUGUUGGUCUUCGCCGGAAACGUGGCGACCAUAGAGCACCGGUGGAACCAGCAUGGCUUAGGAGGUGAUAACGUUAGAGGCAGCUGCCGCAACCUCCACCCGGGUCCGACGAGCCUCUUGCAUUGGUCCGGCAGCGGGAAGCCAUGGCUGAGGUUGGACUCAAAACAACCAUGCCCACUGGAUGCUCUAUGGUCACCAUACGACUUGUACGGACACACACUGUGAAAAAACUUCAGGGGAUAUACGAGAGGUCGCCGGUAAAUUUCCCAGCAGGACUGUUUUUGACGCUUUCAAGAUAAUUUUUCCAAUUUUAGUCCUAUAAUUUUCUUUGUUUCCGUCUCUCUCCAGUUACUUUGAGCUUAUUUCUAACUCAUCUUCCAGGCGAUGUGUGUCCUAUUUUACGAUUUUUCCUGGGUCUGAAAAAUAAGAAUGGAAAAAACGGGCUAUUCGAUUUGUUUGUACAGACUUUGCAUUCUUUUAUGAAUGGACACAUGAUGAUGGUUUUCCAUAUAA